CGCAGUGUUGCGGUACACGCCCUGGUUUAUAAACGUCACCCUCCUCUGGGCCGGUUGGUGCGUGUGUAACCAGCAAAGCCAAGGUGAAGGACAGGCAGCGGAAUCCAAAAGAUGGCACUGUCAAAAGAAUAUGGAUGCGUGGUGCUGACUGGUGCAGCCAGCUUUGCCAUGGUCUCCUUCCUUGCUUAUAAAGUCACAGCCGCCCGUAAGAAGUACAAUGUGGAAUACCCUACAUUGUACAGUGAUGAUUCUGAGAAUGGACGCAUGUUCAACUGUAUUCAGCGUGCUCACCAAAAUACACUGGAGUCGUACCCACCAUUCCUCUUCUUUUUGGCAACCGGUGGAAUCCGGCACCCACAACUAGCAAGUGCACUUGGAGGAAUCUGGAUAAUUGGAAGAGUUGUUUAUGCAUAUGGCUAUUACACUGGGGAUCCUAGUAAGAGAGUUCGUGGUGGAUUUGGCUGGUUGGCUCUCCUGGGACUCAUGGGGACUUCAAUGUCAUUUGGGUUUCACCAGCUGGGGUGGUGCCCAAAGUAGCCGCAGCAAGACUAGUGGAAAACUUUAAUCCUGAAUAAACUUGUGAAAGGUGAAUACUUGAUUAACAGAACUCUAAUAUUAACUCAUUAAUAGCAAAAUAUUUGCUUCUGACAUUUAUAUAUAUUGAACCUUUUAUAAAAUGUGAAUGAAGUUA